UCUUGGUGACGCCUCCAGUUAUUUCUCGCAGGUUUUACCCAGUGGACUUUCAGUGCACAGCUUUUAACUAUAAAUUAAUAUAGUGUAAUUUUAAAAUACUUUUAUUGACACAUACUGUUAUUUUUGGUUUUGCUGCGUGAGCUUGAAUUCUUGCGCGCUGUGUGGGAAUGUCAGGCGGAGUGGACAGAAACCGCUUCAGGGGGAGGGUGAUGUGAUUCAUUGAGCCAUUCCGGCACGAUGGGUGAGGCACCGGUCAGAGAAGAUAGUACAGUGACACGAUCAGCAGAGUAUGUAGGCUCAUUUCCUGUGGAUGACAACUGUUUGGAUGACCAGAUUAAGCAGCUGCACACACAGUUGAAGUCCCUUAAAGCAUACAAGACAAGACGGCCAGUGUCCCUAAAGUUUUCCAUUAAAGGUGUGAAAAUGUAUAAUGAGGAUGAAACGAUCCUCCUGAUGGCCCACGCUCUGCGGAGAAUCUCUCUUUCCACGGCCCGACCCGUCGAUUCACAGUUUGCCUUUGUCGCGCAUAACCCAGGCUGCCCAGACACCCAGCUCUACUGCCAUGUCUUUAAAGCAAGGCACGCCAGAGCAGCCCAGUUCCUGAACCUGCUGCUGUGCCGCUGCUUCCAGCUGUCGUACUUGGAGAAGCAUCCAGAAGAGGCCCAGAUAGACUCUGCUGGCUCACUGCCUCAUCGCAAGCCUUCACUGCUCAAUCACGGCUUUCCUCUUAGUGUCAGCGCCCUGGUUUCAUUCAGAAGAGCUCCUUUUGGUGGAUUAUUACCUGGCACUAAGAAAACUCCAAAGUCUUCAGAUGACCAACAAAGCAGCCAAGAUGAGGUCUUUCCCAUCUCCUCUCCCUCCCUGAUGCGCAAGAAAGUCAUACGCACCAAAGUGCUGCGCUCUGGUGCUUACCGCUCCUUCACUUUCACGCCACGCAAACAGCGCACCAUUCAGGAUCAACUGAGUGUAACUCAAGAAAAGGAUCUAGACAAGUUGCCAGCGAGGCGAUCCCGGGCUCCAAGCUUGUCUGAAACAGAAGAGGCACUAGCUCAGGCAGUGUGGUGUUGGGCUGGUAUCGCAACUGAGAGCAGCUAUUCACUGCUUGCAGAUGAUGUUCUGGGAUCCUACCUUUUGUGCCAACAUCCAAAAAACCCUAAAUGUGGCUCUCUAAUCAUUCGCUUCUCCUCUGGCCCGAUCACCCACCUUAUUGAAAACACCCGUAAAGGGAAAUUCGUGCUCGAGAAAUGCAAGACUGAAUUCAAUUCCAUGGCUGAGCUGAUUGAGCACUACACAGAGACUGAGGACGAGCUGCCAUGUCUGCUGAGCUAUGCUCGGGUGAACCACUGCUAUGAGUGGGAGGAAAACGUCAGCAAACAGCAGCCUGUAAAGCUUCAGCCCAAACGAAGCCGAAAUUAAAAGUACCCACAGAAACGAAUGGAUGUAAACCCUGGACACUGGAACAUGUGGACUGCCAACCUCAGAGGGCACAAAAUAAGCGACACUGAUCAUUUCUUUUGCACAUUUAUCUUUUAUCUGUGUUUUGGUGCGGGAAGGUUUAACUGUAAAACAAAGUCACUGUUUAAUAGUGUUGGCACUUACUGUGAACAGUAUCCAUUUCCUAAGAGGGUACUUGUGUGUUAAAGAUAUUUUGUGGUUUCUGAUUUUAUUAUUUUUAUUUCAACAUAAGCU